GCCAAUUUGGACGAGGUUAGAUAGCUCUAAUGUACCGUGCGCAUAGCAGCCAUUUACCGGUACAAUAACUGUAUCAGACACUGUGCAUCGACUAGGAAGAAGGUGAGAUGAGGAGGGUGGGGCCUGAGUUGAGCGGAUUUGUUGAAGGACGAAGCAAUUCUCAAUUCUCACUGCUUGCGACUUGUUCGGGACUAGCGCUUCCAUUUCUCCCUCAGCACCACUUGCACUAAGGACCUACCUAGCCGUAGCAAAUAUUAGCAGACUUCAACAGCAGUGUACUACAGUGACCGAACAGAAGGCCUACAGUACCUGGCGUCACCACUGUAGACAACUGUAGGGCACCCGGAUCAACCUUGGUAGCUCUCCUCGCCCUAGAUCCGAUCUGGUCCGUGCACGACCCGUUUCUGUCCGUUCUGCCGCUCGCUUUUCUGGCCGCUCUCAUCAGUCAGUCUCUUCCUUCCUCUGGAAAAAGUCUCCAUUACCAAACCCCCAAACCAACCAACGUCCUCCCAUCUCCUCUCCUUCAAUUGCAAUCCCCUUGCAAUUGAUUUCCCCUUAAUUCCGAGGACUUGACAUCCCUCUCUAAUAUGUUCCGCAACGCCCUCCGCCAGUCCUCGCGCGCCGUGAGCGCUCUCUCUGCCAGCGGCAGAGUCGCUGCUACACGAAAUGCCGCACCCGCCGCCAUUAACUUCCAGGCCCGGACCUACGCCGACAAGGCCACACCCACCGAGGUGUCCUCCAUCCUAGAGCAGAGAAUUCGAGGUGUUGCCGAGGAGUCCAACCUCGCUGAGACUGGCCGUGUCUUGUCUGUCGGGUAUGUGGAUCCACCAGGGCGAGAUUUUCCGUCAACGUGACAUCCGAGCUACAAACGUCAACAUCACCUCCACACGCCGAUAAGCCGCAACCACAAUGCCGGCCGAAGGCGCAUUCGCCUUCCUACGCUGAACAUUACCGCCACGGCUAUUAUGUUACGUUCAAUCAUUGAGGGAUAUUUUAUCACUAACACGGGAGUCUAACAGUGAUGGUAUUGCCCGUGUACACGGUAUGGCCAAUGUCCAGGCCGAGGAGCUGGUCGAGUUCGCUUCCGGUGUCAAGGGAAUGUGCAUGAACUUGGAGGCUGGC